GCUCAAUGAACAUGUAGCUAGAAAUGAUAAAUGAAUCCGAAUUUAAUCGCCUGCAGGCUAACUAAGGCCAAAAUAUACUGCGACAGACAGCUGUUAGUCCUACCAACUCACGUUAGCAUUGAGGCAACUAGCGAGUAGCGUGCAGCCUGCAGGCGACGUUGCAUUGCCGGGGUGUAGGGGCGAGGAACUAGUUCACCGUUUUAAACAGGUGUCGGGAAAUGGCUGCUGAAAUCGAGACCUCUGCGUGUGAAUGGGAUACAUUUAUAAAAAUGCUUUAUAAAGUCGACAUUUCCGGCUCCUGUACACAAUGCAAGGUUAUCAAGCUAGACCGCGUUUUUAUGCUCGAGACUACGUGAACCUGCACAGUUCCUUCAGGACUGACAAGUUUAAUAGGGAUGCAUUUUACUGGAUGAAUGUUUCCCCGGAUAUUUCCGGGUUAUAUGCUUUAGUCCCCGUCAUGAGUCCUGCCUCCUCGGUCUGAUUUCAUCGAUGUUAGAGUUAGAGCUUUUUUAUACUUGCUAUAUUGCAAGACUACAAUUUCUUCUCAUCUCGGGGUCUCCAACACAGAUCAGCUGCCUCUGUCUGCACCCUAUCAUAGACAUCCACGAACCUUCUCUGUGGUCUUCCACUUCUCCCCCUGCUUGGCAGCUCCAUAUUCAGCAUCCACUAUCCCUCCUCUGCACACGUCCUAAUCGUCUCAACCUUGGCUCUCUUUGUCUCCAAAGCACUUGACGUGAUGCUUCCUGCUCACAUAAUACUUCAACCUUCCUUCUCUUCAUCUAUCAGUCAUUUAUGACAGCUGUGGCCACUGGCACCCUGUUGCUGGACAAUAGCAUCAAAGCCUGUCAUUGAUAAUCCUGGCCUUGACUGAUCCGCUUCUGUAGGGUAGGAUGGGCAGGCAGAGGAAGAGGGUGGUGACGGGUGAAGCUGCUCCACCUCCACGGAAAGAUGAGAAGCCCUCUGCAUUUCACCGCAAGGACAAGAAAAAGAAAGUCAAUAUUGGGAAAAUGUUCAUUAACAUCUCAAUUGGUCUCUGCAUAUUCAGCCUCAUCUGGUUCUUUUAUGCCAUCUACAUGAGAUCCAGCCUGGCUAAAAGGGUGGUGACUCUGCAUCCGUCUCCUCACGUCCUGGAUGCCAAUAGCACCAAUGCCAAGGUUUCCCCAGAGAGGUUCUGGGGGUCAUACAGGCCUCAGGUCUACUUUGGGAUGAAAACAAGGAGUCCCAGGUCUAUUGUGACAGGCAUGAUGUGGAUGCGUCAGUUUUCUGACUUGGACAUGAAUCUCAGGCACACUUGUGAGCAGGGCGAUCGCCUUCAAGGCUACGGCUGGCUCAUGCACGAUGGCCUCACCUUUGGCGUCCAAGAAAUCCGAGACAACGAUUUCACGCUGACCACCGAGUUUGUUAAGAGGAUGGGAGGGGAUCAUGGAGGAGACUGGACAUGGAGGGUCACAGCCAAACAGCAUAGCUCCGCCCCCCAGGCACCAGUCAUCUCCCUGAUGUUUUACGCAGCAGCAGACGCGCAGGGCUCGCUGCAGGCUCACGUAGAGGAGAGGAAUCGCCUCGCGUCCAUCACCGGUUUCUCAGAGGAGCUUGGAAACUUUAAGAUCACCUUCCGAAAGCCGGUCACUGGGGAGCUGUACAGUGCUAAAUACGCCACCUACAACUACCUUCAGACUGUGUCUCCUGGUCUGGAGAAGCUGACUGACAUUGUGAAGUACAGUCUGAACCGCAGGUUUGUGUAUAGCCCUCCGUCCGGCGAGAAGAAGCAUUACAUCGGUGUAGAUACCUACAAACCCCCUCACCACCAAAACCAGCAGAAACCUGACCAGAGGAAGGAAAGCGACUUUGUGGUGUACCAGGUGACUGUUCAGACACCUUUCCAGAUUGAGGUUCUGUUUGAAUCUGGAAGCUUUCACGAUCGCCCCAACCAGCUGGUGGGCUCCAUCAUGACUCAGGAGCUGGAGAAGAGGAAAGCGGAGUUUGAUGCAAAGUUUGAGAAAGCUUUUGGCCUUGAGAAGAAAGGUUUUAGCCAAGCGUAUAUUAAAUUCGGCAAGGCAGCACUCAGCAACAUGCUGGGCGGAAUGGGCUACUUCUUUGGGCAGUCGGUAGUACAGUCGGUCUACAAUGAAUACCCUCUCCUUUAUCCCGAAGGUGCUUUAUUCACCGCUGUUCCAUCACGCUCAUUCUUUCCCAGAGGAUUCCUUUGGGAUGAGGGCUUUCACCAGCUGCUGUUGAGUAAGUGGGAUCCCCAGGUGACGAGGGAGGCCAUUGCCCACUGGAUUGACCUGAUGAAUAUGGAGGGUUGGAUCCCCCGUGAGCAGAUUCUUGGAGAUGAGGCUCACAGCAAAGUCCCAUCUGAAUUUAUUGUUCAACGAAACGAGAACGCCAACCCCCCUACGCUUUUCUUAGCGCUUCAGGAGCUUAUUGAACAAUUCUCAUCCAAUCCAGACAAGGCAGCAUUUCAGCCAACCUUGCAUUUCCUCCGACGGCUCUUCCCCAGGCUCAAAACCUGGUAUGAAUGGUACAACACCACACAGACGGGGCCCCUACCCAAUUCUUACCGCUGGCGUGGACGCGACAAGGACACCAAUCUGUUUCUCAAUCCCAAGACCUUGACCUCUGGGCUGGAUGACUACCCACGGGCCUCACACCCCUCAGCAGAUGAGCGUCACGUUGACUUGCACUGCUGGAUGGCGUUGUCCUCAGGCAUCAUGGCUAAAGUAGCUCAGCUUCUGGGCGAGCCCCACGAGGACUACCAGCUCUCACACAAAGUGCUCAGUGACAACAACCUGCUCAGUGAGCUCCACUGGUCAGAACAACACCGUGCUUUCAGUGACUUUGGCAACCACACAGAGGAUGUAUCCUUGCAGAGGGAGAAGGUGUACGUACCUCCAGGGCAGCCUCGUCAUCAGUUCCCCGUAGCUCGUCUCGUUCGCUCUGUCCGCAGGGCCCCCAAAGCGCAGCAUGUUAAUGCUUUGGGUUAUGUUAGCUUGUUCCCGUUCUUACUGCAGAUUCUCCAGCCCGACUCACCCAAGCUGGAGCAUAUUUUCCAGGAUAUGAGAGACUCCAAUAAGCUGUGGACACCCUACGGCCUGCGAUCGCUCUCCAAGUCCGAUCCACUGUACAUGAAGCGAAAUACAGAACACGAUGCCCCCUACUGGAGAGGACCUAUCUGGAUUAACAUCAACUACUUGGCAGUCAGAGCGCUCCACUACUACAGCCACACAGAAGGGCCAUACCAAGAGAAGGCAGCUGUUCUUUAUGAGGAACUCAGGACUAACAUUAUCAAUAAUGUUUAUAGACAGUAUGUUGAAGCAGGGUAUAUUUGGGAGCAGUACAAUGACGGCACCGGCAGGGGGCAGGGAAGCCACCCCUUCACCGGCUGGUCAUCUCUGACCCUAUUAAUGAUGGCUGAACAGUAUUGAUGCUGUUGAUUUUUAUCUCCUAUCUUUUAAGAUACUGGCCUUCAUUUAUCUGGAUGUGACUGAAACAGCAUUGUGCAGUAAAGAGUAGCGACACACAACGAGAUCCAAAAUUAGAAACUGGCUUCUGCGGUCACACUGUCUCGUUUAACCUUUGAUCAGAAUUAAGUGUUUUCACACAAGUAUUUUUGAAGGGCAGUUUUAAACAAGCCUAAGUGCAGCUACACUGUCUUUGCCAAGUUUUUGGAGCCAAGCUCCCUCUAGUGCUUCAGAUGCAUUUAACUUAAUUGUCUACACCUUCACUGGUCCAGCCUUUAGUACGGAAAAAGAAAACGGACAUCUAUGUUUGUUUGUCUUCUUAGGGAGGAUUCAUGUUUUAACAGCAGUGGGGAUGACAGUUUUUAAACGGACAGCUGUUUGCUAAAAAAAGUUUCCUGGAAAAGUUCUACGAGUCGUGCUUUCACUUGACAAAUAAGGGCCAUUAUCUGUAACUGUGCCAUUUUCUCUUUAAUCUAUCAUGUCUUUGAUUCUCUGUCUUAAUGAUUGAUUAUUUUGGCAUUUAAUUGUUUAAUCAGUCUUUUGGGGGGAAAAAAUGUUACAUUCAGUCUUUUUCAGCAUUUUUUGUUGCCUGUGGUUUGACUGGCAGGGAAUGCAGCAGAGACUGUGACAAAAAAUAAAUGGUUUAAAUAUU